AAGUGCUUUGGUAUUCUGAAAGUGCCGCUCUUUGUCCGCCCUUCCCAAUCUCUGUGUUUCCUCCUGCACUGGCUUUACGCCUCCUGGUUGCUAAGCGGCGGAGGCUGUGCCGAAAGCAAAUUGGAGGCGCGAAACGGCACCCGGCCGGCGGGAUCAGGGAGUCGCUUACAAGGCUGGAUGUUGAGACCCGACGCGAAAGGGCAAUUUCGAGUAUUACGAUCCGUUCAGCUCCUCUAAAGUAGAGACCUCCCUGGCCUUUUGGCUGGCCUGGGAAAUGGGCCCCAAAUCCGACCAGCUUUUGAUUGUGGUUUCAAUUCUAGAAGGGCGCUAUUUUCCCAAACGUCCAAAACAUAAGCUUGUGGUAGAAGCCAAGUUUGAUGGUGAACAUCUAGCUACAGACCCUGUUGAUCAUACAGAUCAACCUGAAUUUGCCACAGAAUUGGCUUGGGAACUUGACAGAAAAGCACUUCAUCAACACAGAUUACAACGUACCCCUAUCAAGUUACAGUGCUUUGCUUUGGACUCUUUGGCUUCUACCAAAGAAAUUGUAGGUUAUAUAGUACUAGAUUUAAGAGCUGCUCAGGAGAAGAAACAGCCACCAAAAUGGUAUCCUUUACUCAGCAAUAAGUAUCCAAAAUUUAAAUCUGAAUUACAACUAAGUGUAACAUUAGAAACUGAUACCAAAGCAUCAGUGGAUGGUUUUAAAGCAAAGGGAGCACCUCCCAGAGAUAUAACAGUUCCUGUACCUGGUUUGGACCCCAAAAAUCUUGUAGCAGUGCUGAAUAAGGAGGAAGGAUAUCAUCAAAUUGGACCAGCAGAAUAUUGCCGAGACUACUUUGUUUUGUCUGUUACUAUUGCGUUUGCUACACAGUUAGAACAGCUAAUACCUACCACAGUGAAACUUCCAGAACAGCAGCCGGAGUUCUUCUUCUAUUACUCAUUAUUAGGAAAUGAUGUGACCAAUGAACCAUUUACUGACUUGAUCAAUCCAAACUUUGAGCCAGAGAGGGCCUCUGUUAGAAUUCACAGCAGCCUUGAAGUUCUUAGAGCUUAUUUUUUUACACACCCAAAGUUGCAGAUCCAUCUGUGCUGUGGAGACCAGUCUCUUGGAAGCACUGAAAUACUUCUUACUGGAUUAGUGAAGAAAGGAAAUGUGGAUCUCCAUCAACAACCAGUAGCUAUUGAAGGGGCAUUCAUUCUUGUACCACCAAAUAGAGCCCGGCAAAAACUGCUUCCAGUGCCUUUGGAUAUGGCACCCACUGUUGGAGUAUCAGUAUCUCUACAAAAAGAUAAUGUUUCUCAGCCUACUGUUCAAGCAGUUCCACAGGCUGACCCUGAUCAUUUGAAGAAAGCUUUGCCUCCAACACAUGAUCAGGAAAGGAAUCCUGAGCAGAGUUCUCAUAAUGCACCACCUCAGACUUGUCAUUCUCCUCCCAUGAAAGAGGAAGCAACAGAAAGUGAAGUGGAAAGUAUUCAGUUUGACAGGAAUUCAAAGCCGCAGAAAAAAGCUUUGAAUAAUCUACCUACAUCCCAAUCUCAGCAUGAAAUUGGAUCCAGUAGCCCUGAGCCUACUACAGGACAAAAAAUUGCAGUUCCAGCAGCAUCUCAUCAUUUCUGCUUCUCUCUAGAUUUAAGAUCAAUCCGUAAUAUGGAUGCUAGCUUUCCUGUAAAUUGCAUAUUAAGGUACUCUUAUCCAUUUUUUGGCAGUGCCGCACCUAUUAUGACAAGUCCUCCUGUAGAAGUGAGAAAAAACAUGGAAGUUUUUCUUCCCCAGUCCUACUGUGCAUUUGAUUUUGCAACUUUGCCUCAUCAGCUUCAGGAUACUUUCUUCAGACUGCCGUUGCUGGUUGAGCUGUGGCACAAAGAUAAAAUGGCCAAAGACUUGCUUCUGGGAGUUGCUAGACUCCAGCUUUCCAUUGUUUUGACCAAGGAAAAAACUCGUUUUCUGGGAGCUAACAGCGAGCAGUGCUGGCGGCAGAUCUUCAGUGAAACUGUCCCUUUUACAGCAGCACAAGGGCCAAGCAACAAGGUAGCAGAACUUUCAUAUACAGUGACUCUAGAAGAUUAUGGACUUGUGAAGAUGCGUGAGGUUUUGGUUUCUGAUUCUUCCCAGUGUUUAGGUGCCGAUGAACCACCACAGAUUCCUCCACCUCAGCCUGGUAAUUGUCCAGAAGUUCAGCCAGAACCACGGGAAACUUUAGAAUACAAAGCAGCCCUUGAACUGGAAAUGUGGAAAGAGAUGCAAGAAGAUCUUUUUGAGAAUCAGUUGAAGAAGAAAGAACUGGCUCACAUGCAUGCUCUUGCAGAAGAGUGGAGAAAGAGGGAUCGAGAAAGAGAAGCAUUGGUAAAGAAAAAAGUUGCAGAAUAUACUAUUUUGGAGGAACAACUUCAGAAAACUUUGACUGACUUAGAGAAGCGUGAAAAGCAACUUGUCAGUGCUGAAACUGAGCUCCAGAGAGUUAAGAGAGAACUCCAAGCCGAGCAUGAACGAAAUCUGCAGGAGCUUCAAGAUACAAUUCGGCGAGUCAAGGAAGAUUGUGCCCAUCAGGUUGAGUUGGAGAAAUCAAGGAUCCGACAGUUGGAAGAGAACAAGAUCCACCUGCAACAACAAAUAUAUGAAGGGGAAAACAAGUAUAAAGAUCUGGAGAAAGAGUUUCAACAAUACAAGGAUCAGCAAAGCAGCAAACCAGAAAUCCGGUUGCAAUCAGAGAUAAAUAUCCUGGCUUUAGAGAAGGGGGAUCUCGAAAGGAAAUUGGAAUCGGCCACCAAGUCAAAACUGCACUACAAGCAACAGUGGGCUCGGGCUUUGAAAGAACUAGCGAGGCUAAAACAGCGUGAACAAGAGAAUGCAAUGGCCCGCCUUAAAAAGCAGCAGCAGGAGCUGGAGCACAUGAGGCUUCGGUAUCUGGCAGCAGAAGAAAAAGAAUUGGGGAAGGCUCAGCAGCAAGAAUUAGAGGAUAUCAGAAAUGAACUGAACAGAUUAAAACAGCAAGAAGACAAAAAGCAUUUUCCUGAUUCCCGAGAGGUCUUUGGUUCACAGUUGCAAAGUGCUCAUACUCAACAAAUAAAUGAGAGUCUGGAUGACUAUCUUGCCCGUCUAAUAGAAGAGAGAGAUACAUUGCUGAGGACAGGAGUGUAUAACCAUGAGGACCACAUUGUAAGGGAACUUGAUCGCCAGAUCAGUGAGAUUCUGGCCAAAAGAAACAGCAGCAAGGAGCAGACCAUAAAGAGCUGAAUUUUUCCUUUCUGCAUAAGGGAGAACCUCAGUUUCAACUAGUCGUUCAUUGUAUCUUCAAAGACAAUAUUCUAGAAGACUUAGAGACUUGCUUUACUCUUCUCUCAAACUUUCUGCAGUAUGCAUACCACAGUUCUGCUGUUCUGAGGCUGUAAGAAAGAAGAGCGUGAAUGAAAACAUUUUAGAUAAUUUCAUAGUGUUUGCGCAUAUAUAUAUAUAUUUAAUAUUUAUUUGGGGGGUAGCUGAGUAUCUGCCUUCCCUUGUUGCCUCAGCUUGUUUUAUUUGAUAGUUUGUGUUUCCAAUUCAGUUUUGUAUAUCUGUUUGGUUGUUUUGAUUAUUUGUUUUAUAGGUAUGUACUGACUGGUUUGUCUAGGUAUUUAUCAAAACGUUAUUUUAAUAAAAUUGUACUAGGAAAAAAGGGCUGCAGCAUCUUGGGACUUUUUUUUCUAGAAAGUGAUCCGAAAGGUAAAUAUGUUGCUCCUUGUCAUCUUUGAAAUCUUUGUAUUCAUCAGAGUACAGAAAAUUUAAAACAAACCACCAUAGUUUAUAAAUAUGUAAACUGUAUAUGUUACGUUGAAGCUCUUUCACAGUUCAUAUCUAUUCACAAAAAGUAUAAUCCUGGUUAGUACUAUGUUUCAUCUAUAAUUUAAGUGGAGCUUGUUCAACAUUGAAAUGAAUGGUGCAAGGAUGCGUGGUAGA